CCGCGGACGCGCCGCGGCGACAGUGCGCUUUCUCGCUUGCCUGUUUACGGGCGGGCGAGACGGUAUUGUAUUUUGCUCGCGUCGACGGGUGUUUUGGAACAGCAGGGGGAGGAGGAGCAGAGGGUAAUAAGUCAGGCGUGGGGAGGGCGGGCUGGGGGGAGGCGCGCGGCCGCGCGAGCCAGGAGCAGCUGUCAGACUCACGGCCCAGCUCCUGGACCCGCGAGGCUCAAGUGCCCCGGCCCCAAGCCCGGGAUCCCCGCGCCUGGCCGGGCGGCCUCCCCCCAGCCCGCGGCGUCCGCGCCGGGACUGCCCCAUGGGGACCACGGCCGCCGCGCCUUUGCUCUCAGCUGUCAGCAGCUGCGGGGUGGCCCGGACCACAGCGGCCGGCGGAUGAUCAAAGCCCAAGUUUAGGGUCCAGGGAAGAGGCAGGGUGGGGGCCUCGGGAUGCAGACCCCGGGCUGUGCGCGUGGUUGAACCCUAACUAACCAAUGACGUGGUUGUCGGAAUGGGUCCGAGGGAAUUUAGAUGGAGGGGAUCACGGUUUCUGAGAGGGAAACCUUGUCUCUCUUCUCCAAAGAUGUUCCAUGAAAUCACUUACAACACUCGCUCUUUCUCUCUGUCUCACUUACUUUUCUCCCUGCCUGCCCUUCAGUCUCCAAGCCCCAGAACCACCAGCUAGGGAAGGAGUUUGGCCAGGGUAUACCAUCUGCGCCUCCCGGUGCCGAGGCUUUCCGUGGGUCUCACAAUUAUCCUGCCCUAACUCGGGCGUGUGUUCUGAAGCCCAGCGCCUACGAGAGGGCGGCGGGCGGCGCUCAUGGGCUGCUCCAGGUGCCGGCGAGAAAGGACUCGAGCAAGCAUCUCGGCCACCGCGGUCUGACCGAGUAUUUGCAGAAACGCCGACGGUGUGGAGGAAGCGGGCAAAGUGGGAUGUGUGUGUGAAUGUGAAGGGGCUGCGCACCUCCGCUUGGGGGGUCGUGGGCGCGCGGGGUGUCCCGUGCACCCUCUCACGUGUAGGCGAGUUUGGCAACUUGGGGGAAGUUCCGGCGCGGCCGCGGCCGGCGUGGUUUUGUCCGUGCCCGGGAAGGCGCGCUCGGCAGCCCGCCGGCCGGGUAUGCGUCGCCGCCGCCGCGACCCGUGGCCUCGGAAAACGAGAGGGACUAAGGCGCCCCACCCCCGCGACGGAGCGGCAGACUCUCUGCAGGCCCGCGGGUGGCGAGGCGCGGCGCUCCUCGGUUUUCACCUUCGCUGUCUAGGCUGCAGUCUCUCGCUGUCUGUGUAAAUUUCAUCUGUUGAGUGUGUUUAACUAAAAAGGGUAAUUACUUUAGAUAAAAAAUCCCUUCCCGCCUAGUGGGAACCUUGGCGGAGAUGAUGCCUAAUGAGAUAUUUUGCUUUUGUCUGUUUAGAGUAAAAUUAGAGAUGUUAACUCUGAUAACGGUUUUCUCAGAUCAUUAAAAUGUAACAUGUAGGAAAGGCAUGUCGGGCUGCGAGGGCUCGGGAUGACGUGAAAGAAGCUGAGCGUGAACGCCUGCCUCCCCUUUAGUUGAGAUGGCCACUUCGGUAAGCAGCGGGCAGCCGGCGUCUUUCUCAAAACGUGAGACUGCCCCACCCUCGUUCUGGGGCAGCUCCCUAGUAAACGGCGUUUUUCAUUCUUGCAGGUCCAGCCCUGAGUCAAAGUCUGGCUGUGGGGUACACACUGACAUACAGAGAACGUGGCCCCUGCCCUCACAUAUGCAGAACACUGGACAAUAUGAUAUGUGACAUAUUUGUCAAAAUCUGCAAUUCAGACAGCAAACACCAUGCAUCUGCGUCUCUAUUCCUCUCCUUUCCCUGUCUGGAUGUUGAAGAACCCACAGUGACAUACAUCUGUCCCUAUUAAAGACACUAGCUGUUUGGAAGUCGGGGCUGGUUGCAAAACUGGAAUUUUCUUGGUAGAAAAGAUAAGAGGCCGUUGGCAGAGUUGGAGCCAUGUUAAGAAAAACAGCAUCAGAGCCUUGGGAAUGAGGGAAAAUAGCUUCUGUAUUGUCACUGACAGUAUAUGACCUAUUCCUGUCCCAUCUUUAAAUUUUAUGUAAACAUUUACAAAUUGUUCAAGUCCAAACUGAGACCUUCUGUGAAUUAAACAUUUUGUGAAAUUGGCAAAAUUGCCUAGAAUAUUACUCACCUUUUUGUGUCUGGUUCAACAUUUAAUAGAAAAUA